UAUUGUGUUUGAUAGUAAAGUUUAUUUGCUAUAUUAAUUUGAUUUUUUAAAUAGAUUUAUUUUAUAGUUGUUUUGGUAUUUAUCGAAUUAAUUGGAAACAAUUAAUAAUGUCGCAGCACUUUAGAAGUUUACCAAGCCAUUCUUUGUUUCGUGAUGAAGUGAAGAAAACAUACAGACUAACUCCAUUUAUUGUUACACUUUCUGGCACGAGUUUAACAUCAAUUGAUAUAGAAAAUUUCAUAGAAAUGGGACUACGUAUAAUUCGCUUCAAUGUUACAAACUUAACUCGAAACGAUAAAAUAAUAUUAUUGGCCAAAUUCAAGCAAGCUAUGAAAUCGUUUUGCGAAAAGUAUAAUAUCCCCAGUUGGCCGAUUGCAAUUUCUAUUGAUUUACCAAACGCGUGUAUCAAAACUGGAUGUUUUGUUGAUGAUAUAACCGAAGUAUUUUUAGAAGAAAAUGAUACGAUAGAAAUAACUUGCAAUACAAAGUUGUGGAACAUGUGCAGCAAAGAUAGGAUAUUCAUGGACGAUCCUUAUACUUUUAAAUUGAUACAAGUUGGUGCAGAAAUAACAUUGGGUUCGGGAAAAGUUAUAUUGAUAUGUACCGAAGUAAUUAACGAACAAAGGAUAAUGUGUAAAGUUCACCAAAAAGGUUCGAUAGGGAAUUUGGAAUUUUUCUGCGUCCGCGGAAUCAAACAUAUUAAACCUCCUUUAUCGAAAUACGAUUUGAAUAUGAUCGAAUUCGCUAAAGAGUUUUCACUAGACAUAAUAAUAAUGAAUUCAGUUCGGCGCACAUCGGUACUAGAUAAAGUGAAAGCUCUUUUUAAAAAUUGUCCAACGCCGCACAUCAUUAGCACGAUUUGUGAACAAGAGGGAUUGGAUAAUAUAGAUGACAUUAUUGAGGCGUCUGAUGGUAUUAUAUUAGCCAGAGAAUUUCUAGCUUACGAAAUUCUCAAUAAAUAUCAAAUGAGUGCAAUACAGAUGCAAAUAAGUGCUAAAUGUAGACAGAAAGGAAAACCAUUCUUCAUCUCUGGAAAUAUUUUAGACGAAAGUUUAAAAAAAGGCAUGUUGGUUGAUCGUGAUGUUUUUGACAUCACAAAUGCGGCAAUCGACGGCACCGGCUUUCUUCUACGACAUUUAGACAAUCCAUCACAUAUAUUGGUUGCGAUGAAAAUUUUAGAUUCUAUUUGUAAAUCAGUAGAAUCUGUAGCAAUGGAAAAAGAUUUCUGGAGAGUUCUUGAUGAGAUUAAAAUGCCUGCUAAUGCUGCGGAAGCGUGUUGCCUAGCGUGUGCUCUCGCAGCGAAGCAGACGAAAUCAAAGGUUAUCGUAGCGCCAACGGUGACAGGGAGCACUGCGCGACAUCUCGCACGCGUCGCUCCCGAAGUUCUUAUACUGACGAUAAGCUCAAAUCCAUUCACGGCAAGGAAACUGCAGUUGUAUAGAGGAGUAAUACCUUUAAUUUAUGCUGAAAAAGCAAGAUCAAAGUUUGAAGACGAAGUGAACUCGCGAGUCUCGUUCGCUGUGUCAUAUUGCGUUAAGCAUAAUAUAUUAAAAUAUAAGCAAACUUACGUUCUGUUGAGACGAAGUACUAUCUACAGUGGUUUCCCUGACCAGCUCAGUGUGCGCACGGUCUCCUCGAAAUUUCAUAUAGGUGAUCACACCGAUACUAAAUAAGACCUAUAAAUAAAA